AUGGCAAAUCUUGCAAGUUUUAUCGCACUCAUUCAGCUUGCUUCUUGUUUGACAUUCGGGAAAUACAAUUCAAGCUUAGACCCUGGCAGAAUUGCUUGGCCAAAACAUACUUGGUUUAACAACCCUAUUGAACUCACCCAAACUGAUACUGGAUCAACAGUCACCUUGACAGUUCACUUCAGACCUACUACUACUUUGACUGGAGCAACAGUUCAGAUCAUUUUCCCAUCAACUUAUUCUACAGAACCAGCCAAAACUGUUACUCUUUCUACUUCUUACAACUUAAAGUCUGGUAAAGAUGCUAGUGCUACUUAUUCUACAACUCUCCCUAGCGCAGGUCUUUAUGGUCCAUUUGGAAUAGUUACUAGACACAGCCAAACUGGGCAAAUCGUUGAUGCAAACUACAAUUUUGGAUGCAUUGUGGUUACCAAUUCAGUAUCAGCAAGUUUUCUUACUGUCUCUAGAGCUGCAAGCAGCACUAUCACUACAAUUAACACUGACAAUACUCUUGAAUUCUAUUUCACACUGACCUUCAGUCUUUGGGCUCAUGAUAUCAUUGAAAUUGUCCCAGAUUCAAAUUGGGUCCUAAAAACAGGCCCAAUCUGCAAAUCAAUAGGAGAUCAAAACCCUCUUAUUGGCCCAGACAACACGAAUAUCAGUGAUUUACCUUGUUCACUUGGACUAAAAAGUUCUGCAUCUACUGGAGUCGCAACGGGAGUCGAUAGCGAUGUUGCUUCAGACAGCAUUUAUAUUUAUGGAAUUGCAUCAGACGCUUAUGUGUCUUCGGGAUCUAAUUCGAAUUCAUAUAUCAUAAAGCUUGAGGUUAGUUCUAUUACUUCACCAGCGUUUGUCACAAGCUCAAGUAGUUGGAUUGUUAAUAUUUGGAGAUUCGGAACAAACAGAUUGCUUGCUAACUCACAGAAAAAUUCCUAUUUUUGGGAAAAUGAGUCCUUCCAUUUUUAUAUAAAAAUUGUUUUAAAAAAAAUAUUUGCUAUAUAAUUAACGAUGCUAUGAUGAAAUCUCUGCAGAACUCAAUUAAUUUUAGCAAUUUCCUUUCUAAAACAUAUUAUGCUGUGUUAGAUGAUAAAUAUUUAGAGUCUUUGCUACCACGAGUGACAUUCUUUUACUACUUUGUAAAACUAUGUGGCGGCCCAAACGAACUGGGUGGACUUCUACCUCUGAGCCUAGGCUGAGAUCUCUGGUUUCUUGGUAGCUAAUACACUAUUGGGUUCGCAGACCAUUGGUGAGCUCAACAAUUUCGAACUCAGUCCCUUCGUCCCUAUUACGCCAUCUCCUGUCUCCUGCUCCUGGCUCAUUCGUCCCACUCAAGAGCACCUUUGCCAAAAGGACUGUCUUCAAUUAGUCCAAUUGGCCUCCUCUUUUUCAGGGCAUCCCUGAAAAAUAAUCAAUCGCUUUCGCAAAAUGGGGCAAACUGCCCUGCUUCAUUUCGGUACCCACUAGCGGUGGAAUGUCAUCUCCAUAUUACGUAUAUUCUCUUUCUAAAACAUAAUUUUUAACUUAAAUAAGAUUUUUCAAAUCAAUUAUAAAAAUAUUUUUUAAAGAUUAUGCAUACUCCUUGCUAUAAUUUAUACAAGCUUCCUCAUAUGAAAUUCCAUUCAGAUGUAAAACUUGCAAAUUGGCUUGCCUUCAAAUGUGAAAAAGUUUUCCACGUCUGGCAUUUCAUUACACAUAGAAGGCUGUAUAAAUUCCGGAAAGGGGCUAUUAUCUAUUAGUGGGGCAAAAUAAUUUUGCUCUUUCUUAAAGCGGGGAGAGUAAGUACGCCACAAGCUCUGGUCCAGGAUCUACUGCAGGAUCAGCAUAUUUUACAAGCUGGGAAAGUCAAAAUUAUCCUUCAAAUUCUAUUGUUGUAGGCCAGGUCUUAUAUACUAAAGUUAAAGUUGAAACUAGCAAUCCAUUGCCUACAUACAGCAUCCUGGUAGUUACUUUCAGCAGUGUCGAUAUAUUCAAUACCGCUUGAUGGUCAGAUCUUGAUGGUUCCACUCUAAGAGCUAAAGGAUUGUGCUACGUGACUCCAUUUAUUGAUGGCGCAAGCUGUGUGGCAACUGAUGCGACCACUGCAACUGUAACAUUUAUGAAAGCCCAAGCUAAAGGAUCAGUAUCAUUUGUGGUAUUAAGCUAUUUCUCUGGAUUAACUCCACAAGUUUCAAAAAUCACUACCUAUUAUACUCCAUCAGCUUCCAUAAUCGUAGAUCAAAGUGCAAACAAUCCAGGUUUAUUUAUAAUUAAAGCAACUUCAUCAACUGUGUACAAGAUUCCUGAUGUAGCUUUGCAUGCCCUUGGUUAUUGAACUGUUCAGUAUCCUAAGCUUAUUCCAGUGAAUAAUAUUAUUCCAUAUUAUAUAUCAAGCUCAAAUGACCAGAACCAAGCUGGAGUAAAAGGUAAAGAUAUCUUCAUUCGUGUUACACCAGGCAGCUCAAAUACAUGGGGAGGAGCUAGCGGUGUUGCAGCAAGCUUAAUUUUUUAUUUCAACAGAGUAUCCUCAGUUUCAUUCAAUAAUUUCAACUCUGUUUAUAUUGACAGUUUUGGAGUCACAGCAAACUGCUAUAUCAACACUGCUACAGAUUUAGAAUCAUCAACUGCGGCAGAUCGAAAUUUAGAUGCUGCUAGCCCUACAAUUACUCCUGGAACUUCUACUAGCAAUCAAGUAUUCAUAGCUUUUUCAUCCGACUCUGCAGCUGUUGCUCCUGGCAGCUACCUCAUCGUAAGAUUCACUGGGUUAGACAAAACAAGCUUACCUUAUGUAGCCUCCAACAAAGGCACCUUUUAUGAAAUCUGGGCAAAAGCAUUCUAUUCGACUACAACUGAAAUUGGUAGCUCAGUAAUUUCUGUUCUUCCUCAAACACCAUGAGCUGCUAGAUUCUAUACAUUACCAUUAUGCAAAGAUCAGCUAGAUGGAAUACCAAUUGUAAACUAUUUUCAACCAGUAAACUUUGAUUAUGAUUUUUCUGCUCAAUCAUAUGCAAUUGACAUUGAAAUUGAUCAAGGAUACAGCUCCACAAGUGGAUUUAUGGGCACUGGCAUUAUGGCAACAAACGAUGCUGGAACUUUGACUCUUGGCACUCACUUCUUAUCAACUGCUUCUUCUCCUACUGCUACUUUUGCGGUCUCAGGGAACCAACUAACAAUUACUCUUAAAGGCCUUGGGUCUACUUCUGUAUCUGAAUCAUCAACGGUUAAAACUUACUUGCCAAGUGCCAUUUCUACCUUAGGCCAAACAAAUCUAAACCUUAAUACAUAUUUCUACUACACGAAAUCAUCUGAUCCAUCACUUAGACAAGUUCUCUACCAAAAUACAUGAACAACGUGGACAAUUAAUACUAUUCUGCAAAAUUUUGAUUCUGCGUCAAUAGGAGCUGCGCAAACCUCAGGGUCAUCUUGGAGUGUUGGCACUGUUCAAAGUGUAACCAUUUCUCAAUUAAUUCAGAUAUCUGGCUAUUCGAUAUUUAAUGGUGAUUAUAUUGGACUCAGCCUUCCAAAAGGAUAUACUUUUUCAACAGCUUCUAUAUUUUCUGCGGCAACUAAUGGUGGAGCUUUUGAAAAUUCCCCUCCUUCUUCAACUUACUAUAUUAAUUCUUCAAGUGAUACUGGCAAUGGAGGAUUCAUUAUGGCUUAUGAUACUCAUAGCGCAUGAGGUUCUUUAAUGGCCAGUUCUUCAAGCACUAUUGGUUUUAACCUAGCAGUUAGCAAUGUUCAGCCUCCAAACUAUUCUAUUGAAAGUGGAAACAGUAUAUUUGGUGUAUGGGUAUCCUCAGAUAUUGGAGCAAAUUGUAGAUAUAGUCAAGCUUAUUCAGGCACUAAAUCAACUGUCAUAAUAUCUCCAAUCGCCUCAUUUUCCGCAUUAUAUUCCCUUUCUGGCUCAAUUUUAGUAGCCACACUGACUUCUGAUCUUAAGGCAGGCUCAUACAAUGUGGUAGCAGCUGGAGUAAUGCCACCAGUAAAUCCAGGACCUGAUAGUAUUGAUAAAGACUGCUUCACAGCACUUUCAACCAAGACAAGCAGUGGCAAUGUAAUCGAGACUUGAGAUACAUCUAAUGAGGCCUCAUAUCAAACAUCUAUUGCUUCUUCAUCUUCUGUGACUAUUGGCACUUCCACUUUGAUCGUUAAUACAUAA